AUGGCCGCUGCCCCGCGACGCAGGAGAAUCGGCCAUCGGCGCCGGGUUGAGGACGAAGGCGAUGAUGAGGCCCGCACCGAGGCCCUCGACGGUGACGACGAGUCCCUGAGCGACGGCUCCCUCCUCACCGAUGACGACGACGCCGGCCAGGACAGCGACACCAGCAACAUCGACGAGGCCUCGCCCACGUCGCCCAACGUCAGGAAGUCGGCAAACGGCGCGCCAAAGCCCGCCGCACGGCACCCUCGCAGCUCGAGCGCCCGGGCAGCCUCCACCAGCAAGCCCGUCUCGGACGCGGAAGUGAUGCUGCACGGCUUGUCUAUGACCGACAAGCCCGCCCCGGCACAGGAUAUGCACUUUGACGAGGUGGUGGUAUCUCCUCCCAAGUCCCCCUCGGCCCCCGUCGUCGUGAGCUCGGCAUCGGCCAUCCGGCAGCCCCCCGACGCUCAGGCAGACCGCCGUCGCCAAGAGCACGAGGAUUAUAAGCGGAGGAGGGACGAGGACCCGGCCUUUGUGCCCAACCGGGGAUCCUUUUUCAUGCACGACCACCGAUAUGCCGGUCCUGCCGGCAAUGGCUUUCGCCCCUUUGGCCGAGGUCGAGGACGAGGCGGACGAGGCGGCGUCGGCGGCCCAUUUUCGCCCUUCAACCACCUGCACAAUCCCUCGGACCCGACGACCAGCUCGCCAUGGACUCAUGAUAUGCACGAGAUUGUCGCCGAUCCCGCCCCUCGCCGCCCACGCCAGAUGCCGCACGGCGAGGGCCCGCCCAACGGCAAUGGCUACAUACCCACUUGUGACGCGAGCCCGACGCCCAUCAACCGGACGCUGUCGACGGAGAAACAUAUUGGCAACGCCCAGGUCCGCGUCUUCCUCCCGCACCUGAUGAAGAGCCCGGCCGUGUUCCCCGGCAUGCCCGUGAAGCAAUACACGAAGCUUCCCGAUCACCGCCCUCCUCUUCGGCGAGACAAGCCCGUCCGUAUCUCGCUCCCCGACCACGCUGCCAGAUACAUCUUCCCAGCAUCCGACAGAUCCUUCACCUUCAUCCCGCGGGCACUGCGGCCUAACCAGCAGCGCAUGCGUGGUAAGCCUCGAUCGGCCUGGGGCUCCGCCGGGGGCUUUUCGAGACGCACGAGCGUCAUGGGCGGCAGCUACUACGGGAGCGCCUAUUCUCCGAGCAUUGCCCUCAGCCGACGCUCCUCCGUCGUGCACGAGCGGGACAUGGUAUUUUCGCCCACCGGCUCGGCCAUCUCGCGGCCGCCGAUGCCCGCCGACGCUGCUCGACCCGUCGUCCGUCUUCCCCCUGCCGCCCGACCAGACGCUCAUCUGCUGGAGCCAGCGCCGCAGCUCGGGAUGCCUGUCGUGGCGCAGGAAGCUUCCAUCAGCGACCUGCCGCAGCCGCAAACGCACCCGCUUCCGCAGAAGCCUGCCAUACACGAGAACCGGCCUGCUUCGAUCCCCAUGCAUCAGCCUCGCCCGCAGAAGAACAUCUCCGUCGCCGACAUUGAGUCCCCGACCUUUACCCAGGGGCCCCAGGCCUUCCAGCAGCCUUUCCAUCAGCAGGUCCCCUUGCAGGUCGCCAACGGGCUCCAACAUGACGCGCACGCGCACGCACGCGGGCCCUCAUACCCGUCGCAGCACUCGACCGGAACGCCCUUGUCCCAGAUCCCCGAGCGCGCAAUACACGCGGCUCCCUUUCAGCCCAACAGCUACAACCAACUGCCGUACUACAACCAACACAUGUACCAGCCCCAGCCUCAGGCCCAACCACAGGCCCAGCCUCAGGCACGGGCUCAAGCCCAGCAGGGCUAUUACUACUCUCAGGGCUUCUCGGGCCCUGGCAUUGCUUCGUCGGCGGCGGCGCCUGCCUUUGUUCCUGGCGGCCCACACGGCAUGCAGGGCGGGUUUGCGGCUGCGGGCCAUGUCGAGCAGCCGGCCGCGCAGGCGAGCGUGCAGAAUCACUCGCCAAACCCCAACCUGGUGGCCCAGGAGGUCAACGGCAUGGUAUACUACUACGACGCGUCCCAGAUACAGCAGGUCAACACAUACCCGCCGUACCCGGCUCACCAAAGCUUCCAACCCAGCGUCAUGGGCAUGGGCGGCAUGGUGACACCCAGCCCCGAUGGCUUCUACUAUCCCCAGCACGCGCCGGGCAUGGUCUACUACUCGCAAUAG